AUGGUUCGCGUUAUUUAUUUCCUUUUCUUCAUAACAUUAGCAGCAGGCCUCGUCCAUGGCGCCUUUGACAUGGAAUACUUUGUCAAUGACGUCACCGUGGGAAUCCAUAACCAGGACCGUUUCGAAAAAGAUAUCGGAGUCAACUACUGCAUGCUAACAUUAAUCUCCGCCACCGAGUUCAUAUGGGAUUUGUUCCAGCAAAGCACUCCCGAGGAUAGAAAGAGCGUGCACAAUAUCACCUUGACCAUUGAAGACAUGAAGGGAGAGGCUUAUACAAAUACAAGCAACAAUGAGAUCCACGUAAGUGCUGGGUACAUUCUAAGCUACCCAGCAGCGGAUGUGGAGGGACAGAGAAACGAAAUGAACGGUGUGAUUUACCAUCAGUCAACACAUGUAUGGCAAUGGGAUGGGAAUGGAAAGGCCCCGAGGGGUUUGGUUGAAGGAAUUGCAGAUUACGUGAGGAUGAAGUCAAGGUUUAUACCGAGUCAGUGGGCCCAGCCGGGAGUUGGGGAUAGGUGGGACCAGGGCUAUGAUGUCACUGCUAGGUUUUUGGAGUAUUUGGAGAGUUUGAGAAAUGGGUUUGUGACAGAAUUGAACAAGAAGAUGAGGCUUGGUUAUAGCGAUGAUUAUUUUGUUCAGCUGCAGGGGAAGAAUGUUGGUCAGCUUUGGACUGAGUACAAGCUCAGGUAUGCAAAACGUUGA